AGGGCGUCAUUCCCCUCAUUUUCAUUCACUAGACAUACGCGGAGUUACCGGGACAAUUUAUUUUUCUCUACAGGCAACGUGGUGUCGUUGUGCUUUCCGUAUCACAGUUUUAUUUUCUGGGAAUAUUAUUUCAUCAUCCUGGGAGCAAGCAGGGAUGUGCGGACCAAACGCCGAUCUGCCAAAUAAAGGUGGUGGAAGUGUCAACCAGCUAGGAGGGAUGUUUCUCAACGGCAGACCUCUCCCGGAAUCCAAGAGGAGGAAAAUGAUUGAGCUGGCCUCUGAGGGAGUGCGUCCAAGUCAGAUCUCCAGGAUACUCAGGGUGUCCAACGGGUGCGUCAGCAAGAUCCUGAGCCGCUACCGCCGCACUGGACUCUUGGAACCAAAGACCAUUGGAGGGAGCCGCCCUCGGCUUCUCACCCCCCGGGUCAUCUCCACAAUCAUCCAGUGCAAGAAGGAAAAUCCAACAAUUUUUGCUUGGGAAAUUCGAAAACGGCUUGCAGCAGCACGAAUAUGCAAGGCCUCCAAAGUUCCCAGCGUGUCGUCUAUAAAUCGGAUUUUAAGAAAGAUCCACCUGGACCACGGACCGAUGUGCAUGGAGGUCAAUGCGCUCAUCAGGACUGAAGUCACCCUUAAAGAUUUUGAGUCUCUGAUUCAAGAAGAAAUGAAUGAGACAAACAUGUUAGGGACAGCAUGCAGCAGUGACCACAAACCUAAAGUUGUCCAGCACCGAAACCGCACCACCUUCACACCAGAGCAGAGCAUUGCACUGGAGCAAGAAUUCUCCCACAGCCAGUAUGCAGAUAUGUACACAAGAGAGAAGUUAUCAGCCGAAAUCAAACUUCCUGAGGACACCAUCAAGGUCUGGUUUUCAAACAGACGGGCUAAAUGGAGGAGGGAAGCCAAACACAGGACACAGAACCUUCAAAGGCAAAGGGGUGCUCCUCCUGUGAGUUCAGCAAUGCCACACAGCUUCCCGUGUCAGCAGGCGACAGGAGUGUCAAGAGUCUACUGUGAAAACUCCGGCGUUUCCCUGCCAUACAACAAAACUGCCAGGAAGUUGCAAAAUGGCUGCCUCUUCCCGCCACAGACAGGUAUGGGAAACUCUAAACACCUGACAUCCAUCAAAGUGCCACCCUCGUUUCUCCAUCAGUCCAAUAACAUGAUGGCACAGACCAAGGCAGACAAGACUUCACUGGAUCUCCACAGAGACACAUUCACCUUCCCACUGGCUCACCAUCACGCAGAUUCAACGACAACUGAGACAGUAAGAGCAGACAGCGCUGCGACUCAGUGCUGGAACCAGCAGGGAAUUUCUUUUACAUGGAGUCAGUUUCAAACAGCAGCCCCGGGAUGUGAACCCACACCGCUACCUGGACUAAACGUGUGGCCACAGUUCUGACAUCAGUGUUUGAUGUAAGGGCUGAACGUGUUUUUGUCACUGGAUGCAUUUAUAAACUUGAGGGAUACAUUCUCACCAGCAGAGGGCGACAGAUGACUGGAGUUACACUUAUGUCCUUCACACAGUUUUCUUUUUUUUUAUUUUACAAAACCACUGCUGUUUUACUCAGAAGCUUUUUUGAAUCACUACUCUUGAAUUGUCAUUAACAAAUAAAAAAAAAAAAUAAAAUCCAAAGCUCUUGUUGUCAAAAAUUACAACAGGAGCCUAAUUUAAAAUUAAAUGAACCCACUGAACUGGCCUGUGAAGAAGACAAAGUUAAUGCAAAUUUAAAAGAAAUGCUGAAUAAAGCUGGACAAAGGAAAUGUUAACACAUUUUUUAAGAAGUCAUGAUCAGUUAUAUUUGUGAAUUUCCCAGAACAGAGUUGUCAAAGUUGCCAUUAAGCACAUUCUGCUUAUAGAUUUAAGAGGGUACUUUCAGGAUGAAUUGAAAACAUUAAAAGGAAAAUUUUAUUUUGAUACGUGAACAUAACUUUGACUGGACUCUGAUCUGAUCAGUGAUAUACUACGUCACAUAAAUCACAGCUCCAUGGAUCAUUUAAGGUUACCACUGGACAAUAUGGAUGUUUUAUAUUCUCAGGCUUGCUGUUUGUGUAAGAGCAGAAGGAGGUUAAAGUGUCUUUCCAAGAUUUCUUUCCAGGGGAGGCCGGUGGGGAAAUCUAUAACAGUAUAGCAUCAAAAAGUCUAAACAUGACCUGAUAUCUGCUCUGCUCGGUAUCAGUUUUUAUGACUGCAACAGGGCAGAGGCAUUGAGUUCCUUUAUAUCCCUUUACUACAGUGAAGAGACAGUAAGACUCGGAGUUUCUUGAUAAUUGGCCAUCGGGGGAAAGGUUGGGAUCACAAGGCAAACAGCUUGGCCAGCAGUGUGGAAGUGGCUUUCUGGCAGAAUGACCUGUCGGAAUUAAAUGCUGUGAAGCCAGAUAGGUAGAUUGCAUCUCCACAUGACAGCCUACGUUUUCGUUGUGAUUUCUACUGCAAAUGUGAAUCAUCCGCAAGCCUUUUAAAUUAGUUUUACGACUGAAAUGAUUUUCUCCUUCUAACAUCUUCAGCGGAGGCCAGUUUUAGGUCA